AUGGGUUCGUGCAUGAGCACGAAUAAAGAGGAGGAGGAGCAGAAAAAGCGCAGUCAAGCAAUUGAUAGAUCUCUCGACGAAGAUUCCAAGAGGUUACGGCGAGAAUGCAAAAUCCUCUUACUUGGGUCCGGCGAGAGCGGGAAAUCAACAAUCGUAAAGCAGAUGAAGAUCAUCCAUCUGAAGGGCUACUCGGAAGACGAACUAUACAACUACAGAGCUACCGUCUUCAAAAACUUGAUCGAAUGCGCAAAGGCUGUCAUCAAUGCCAUGGAUCAAUUCGAAAUUGAACCGAGCAAUCCGGCAGUCCGGGAACACUGCAAUCUGUUACUAAGCUAUACCGUCGAGUCGGGACCAUCUGCACACCUCGAACCACAGAUUGGUCAGGCAGUACAAGCGAUAUGGAGUGAUCCAUGUAUAGAAAGGCUGAUGGAGCACCAAACCGAGUUUUACUUGAUGGAUUCUGCGGGAUAUUUCUUUGACGAAGUGCAGAGAAUAUGCGCCCCCGACUAUCUACCGAAUGAAAUGGACGUGCUCCGAGCAAGAACCAAAACUACGGGUAUAUAUGAGACUCGGUUCCAGAUGGGAGCUCUCAGCAUUCACAUGUUUGAUGUUGGCGGCCAAAGGAGCGAACGCAAGAAAUGGAUUCACUGCUUCGAAAAUGUCACUUCGAUUAUCUUUUGUGUGGCAUUGAGCGAGUACGAUCAGGUUCUGCUGGAGGAAAGUAGUCAAAAUCGCAUGAUGGAGAGUCUCUUACUCUUUGACUCUGUCGUAAACUCAAGAUGGUUUAUGCGUACCAGUAUCAUCCUGUUCCUGAACAAAGUCGACAUCUUCAAAGUCAAGCUUCCGCGAUCGCCGCUUGGUAAUUACUUUCCGGAUUACUCUGGAGGAAACGACGUGAACAAGGCAGCCAAAUACCUGCUUUGGAGGUUUAACCAGGUCAACAGGGCACAUCUUAACCUGUACCCCCAUUUGACGCAAGCCACAGACACUUCAAAUGUCCGAUUGGUUUUUGCAGCAGUGAAGGAGACCAUCCUGAAUAAUGCCCUCAAGGAUUCCGGCAUCCUCUGA